GCACAAUCCGCGUGCAGCCAGCGCGAGGCAAAGACCUACCAACAAGCAGUGAACUAUGACUGAACACAAAACGAGCACGAGAGAUGACUGACCACGCAGCAGUUUGGAACAAAUGACACAAGAUUACACAGGCGGAAGAUGCCAGCAGCUGCAGAUCAAUUCGAUUACAUUUGAGCAGUGAAAGAUGCUGUGGACAGGUUUACCUCCAAUGGAUUCUUAAAGCUGCUUCAAGACAAUUAACAGCAACGAUUUUACUGAAGGGAUCUCUUGCUGGAAGUCAGAGAGCGGGGGCCAGGAUGUGGCCCCCUGACCUCGGACCUCCAGACGCCCAGAUGACUCUCCCCGGUUUUGGGAGUGUGUUCGAAGAUGUCGAGGACCUUCAGGCGCCGCUGUCUUCUGGUGGCUUCUGUCAGUCGUCGAUACAUUCAGGUGGCCUAUGCUGUCUACCGAGGACGUCCCUGUCCCUGUCCUCCCUGGGGCGAGACCUCACCUCCUUACUCAACUGUAAGACUAAUGGAUCCCACAUAGAAAAGACUAUGGAGGACUUUGCCACUACAGCACACGUAGACCCUAAAAUCACCCAGAGGUUCGGUUGUUACCCUCAGCCCUCCCUCCCUUUAUCCUACAUGCUCACCAGCUGUACCACAUCUCCUUCUUUCUGCUCCCCCUCAUCGUCGGCGUCCUCCACCUCCUCCUCAGCAUCUUUAUUUUUUGCCUCUUCUUUACCUCUCUCUGAUGCCAGCGACAAAACAUCUCAGCAACAACGAAAGCUUCAAGAAGAGUAUCACACCAUCAAACAGGAGCCUGCAGAUGAUUUCUUGCCGUGUAAGAGGGAACCUUUUCCAGUGAACAACCAGCAGGGGGAGCUGUUCCAUGUUGGCCAGCCCCUCCAAUGCCACGACGGUCAGGACGGCACCCAGACCCCCCUGCACUCCCCGAGGCUAAACGGACCCGUAGGACAGGAGCCUGUAAUGGACCAACAGGAGCAGCUGUGUCAUUGGAUCGACUGCAGUGCCACCUACAGCAGCCAGGAGGAGCUGGUGAGACACAUCGAGAAGGUGCACAUCGACCAGCGUAAAGGGGAGGAGUUUGCAUGUUUCUGGGCCGGCUGUGUGCGGCGCCACAAACCGUUCAACGCUCGCUACAAGCUGCUCAUCCACAUGAGGGUUCAUUCUGGAGAGAAACCCAAUAAAUGCAUGUUUGAGGGCUGCUCCAAGGCGUUCUCCCGUCUGGAGAACCUGAAGAUCCACCUGAGGAGCCACACCGGAGAGAAACCGUACAUCUGCCAGCACCCCGGCUGCCUCAAGGCCUUCAGCAACUCCAGUGAUCGAGCCAAACACCAGCGCACACACCUGGACACGAAGCCGUACGCCUGUCAGAUCCCGGGCUGCACCAAGCGCUACACCGACCCCAGCUCGUUACGGAAGCACGUCAAGGCUCAUUCAGCCAAAGGCCUCCAGGAGAGAGAGGUCAAGGUUCAAGUGCACACGAUGCUGGAGUCGGACAUUUUGAGCGAUUGUCUGGCGAGGCAGCACCUCCACAGCUCCGCCCCUUCUCACCAAGGAAACGGCUCACCUUUACCGGGCUUAGAUGACUUCACAGGUGUGUAUUCAAACAGCAGCACCGUCCACAACAGGGGGACACAACAGGACUUCCUCCCUCCAUCAGCAGACACCUGCUCCAGGUAUCAAGGCUUAGAGGGAAACUUUGACGCCAACAGCCCGAUAUCUUCGCUCACAAGCCCGGGGAGCAUGAGAGAGGGGAACAGACCGACAUCGUUGUUCAUGGCCGCUGACGUCAGCCCAGUGAGCUCUUCAUCAGACAGAGCUGACGUCCGGCUGCAGGGCUACCAGAAAACCUACAGCCACCAACAGCAAGUUUUCCCACAGCAGCAAGGCUGUCUGUACGGAGAAGGAAAGGUGGUUCAACCAGUCAACGAUGGAGGCUUUGAACCCGCCAGUUACUUCUCAAACCCCUCCACCUCUCACUCCGCAGGGUUUGACUUGUUGCAGGACCUGCAGGGCCAGGCAGGGGGCGGUUACUCCAUGUCUCCCUGCCCAGACGACAGCUUCCUCUUCCAGGCAGGAGGCGUCGACCGCUGCCUCAAUCAGAUCUACUCCAUCUACCUGGACUCAUGAUGACGGCCCUGAACCAGACACAAAAUCACAAUCACUUUGUUUUCCCAAGGACAACCUGCAGCGUGAACGAUGCGUGGCGGACAAUCACAUCCACAUUAUGCUGUAUUUUCAAAUCUGAAGUUGUUCUUGUUCUGGACAGAUGUGAGUUUUAACGGUACAAACAGAAGUGCAAAAUUAUCCAGAGACAGAGCUGGGGGCAAAGUGGCAAAAAUAUGGCAAAUGGCCAAAGAGGAAAUCUGGUCAAAUUAUAGAUGUAAAUAGCAGUGACUUUUUUAUUCAGAGAUGACCACAGCAUUUGUGAUCUGGAUAGAAUGAGCUAUACGCUUCAUUUGUUAGUUUGAUCUUUUGGAAAGUCAGGUAGCUGGCUCUCUGGCUCCGCCACUGAUGUUAGACCUCGGCCUCCUCAGCAGCUUUGCCACCUGGAAAUGUUAAAACAACAAUCUCUGAGCGAUCAGAAUGGGAUCUUAUAAUGCCGUGGUUCCCAGCUGGGGGUCAAUAAAUAAAAGGCCAAAAGAUAAAAAGACAUAGUUCGACAUAGUUCUGCUUCACAAAUCUUGCUCAUUUUUCUGUCUUUUCUGUGCUUUUUGCUUUAUUUUUUUAAUAUAUUGAAGAAAAUUUUAAGUUUUAUUUUCCUUUUUUGGGUCAUAACACAAUUCAGAUGAAAAGAGUAACACUUUCAGUUCAACUGCUCACAACUCUGCACUGUGUGCAAGGUCACAAGAAGCUUUAUUUUGAAUGUCACAAGCCAAAAAGGUUGAGAGCCAUUAUAUUGUAAUGGAAGACAAGUUGCAUUAAGCAGUUAAAGCCCUUAAUGUAGUAGUUCAACAUUUUGGGAAAUAUGCUUAAUCGCUUUAUUGAGAGUUAAAUGAGAAGAUUGAUC